AUGAAGUGCUUCCACUUCUCCAACGGGGAGAGGCGCGGCGGGGUAGGCGGCGGCGACAACGAAGGCGAGGGAAGUGGCAGUGGCAGCGGGAGCGGCGUCGCUUCUUCCAGGACCUCCAGGGUGUCGUGGGCCAGGUCGCUGAGCGUCGCCUCCGGUAACGUCGACACCAGGAGAGGGUCUGACUUGUACUGCUACUCGUCCAGGGAUUUGUCGGAAUCGGUCGCCUUCUACGAUUUCCUCUCCCAGCGGCGAGCCAACGAUUUGCACGUCUUCUCCUUCGCCGAGCUCAAAUUGGCCACCAAAGGGUUCAACAGGUCGCUCUUGGUUGGGGAAGGCGGCUUCGGCUGUGUUUAUCGCGGCGUCGUUAGGGUUCCCUGCGUCGGCGACGACGACGAUGGCGAGGCCGAGCUCAUGGAUGUUGCUAUCAAACAGUUGAAUCGUCAUGGUUUCCAGGCAUGCCCCUUGUUUUCUGGGCACAAGGAAUGGAUCAAUGAAGUGAAUUUCCUGGGCGUGGUGGAUCAUCCUAAUCUAGUGAAGCUGGUGGGUUAUUGCGCUGAAGACGAUGAAAGAGGGAUGCAGCGGCUUUUGGUCUACGAGCUCAUGCGCAACAAGAGCUUGGAAGAUCAUCUCUUGGCCCGAGUCGCGUCGCCUCUCCCCUUGAUCACUAGAUUGAAGAUUGCCCAAGAUGCAGCCCGCGGAUUAGCUUACCUACACGAGGAAAUGGAUUUUCAGCUUAUAUUUCGAGAUUUCAAAGCGUCAAACAUCCUACUAGAUGAAGAUUUCAAUGCCAAGCUCUCAGACUUUGGUCUAGCUAGACAGGGUCCCCCUGAAGGUCUCAGCCAUGUUUCAACAUCGGUUGUUGGCACAGUUGGAUAUGCAGCUCCAGAGUAUGUUCAGACUGGGAGGCUGACUGCAAAGAGUGAUGUGUGGAGCUUUGGAGUAGUUCUAUACGAGCUUAUCACGGGCAGGCGGGUUAUGGAGAGAAACCUUCCAAGGGGAGAACAAAAGCUUCUGGAGUGGGUAAGACCUUACGUAUCUGAUUCUAGGAAGUUCCAUCUCAUUGUAGACCCCCGGCUCGAAGGGAACUACUGCCUUAGAUCGGCACAGAAAGUCUCAGCCUUAGCAAACAAAUGUCUGAGCAAACAGCCCAAGUCCCGGCCUAGAAUGAGCGAGGUAGUAGAGUUGUUGGGGAACAUCAUCAGUGACAUAUCACCAUGCGAAGAAGAGCCGGCAGAAUCCGAAAAUGUUAAAGAGGUAGAAGAGAACCCGAAAGAGGGUGACCCAGAGCUCACCAAGAGCAGCAGACACAGCUAUCUGAAGAAGGUUUUGGAUAUGAGAGAGUUGAAGAGCUUCAGGAACAGAUCGCUUGGCAGACUUGAUUGGAGGAACUGGACUCCCGGUCUCAUUAGAACUUCAUCAUGAUCUGGGGAAUAUAAGAUCUCCCAUUGUCCAUGCAAGCCAACAGAAAUGUGGAAGUUGCGAUUCUGCCUUCAGUUCUGAUUUGGCAAUGAAACAAUAGUGAAUUGAGUAGUGCAAAAAGCCUACUACUUCUCGGCUAUUAGAUUGUAGUCUUAUGUAUAUAUAUAUAUAUAUGGUUGAGAGUUGAUCUUCACUGGUU